GCGCGCGCGCUCUCAGUGAGGGAAACGGAGCGGCUGACAGGGACAAGACCGUUCCCCCUGUCAGCUCCGACUCAGCGCAGAACAUUCAAUAAAACAUAACGCUGUUUCCUGUUCUAGUCGAAAACAUCUAAACUGUGAAGAAUUUGUCCUGUGCAACGUGUUUUUUUGGGCGGACAUUUGUUAUUAAGUUGGCGUCUAUGAGAGAAAUAUCGAUUUGUCGCCGCUGUCCCUGGAUGGAAGACCGUGAUCUUGGAGGCGCUCGAGCUGAUUGAAGAGAUCCGGUCAUUUUGCUUCAGUUCAGAAGAAGGACAGCAGGACAAGUCAUAUAAAAGAAAAAAUGCCGUCGUGGCUCAUAUUUGCCGUUUAUUUCGAAUAUUUUGAAAAGCCCUGUGAAAAGUCGUGGUUAAUGCGGAUUUAAAUGUGUCGCGCAGAAGGACCUCCUGUUUCUCUGUCGAUCUCACGCCAAGCGACAUUUUGGGUGAAGAAAUUGUCAUUCAUACUGAGGAAAGACUGGGCUAGAGAACGCCACUGUUGCGCAGACAGGGCUUUUUGAAGCAAUAUGGCUGAUGGCUGUGGCUGGGGGCGCUGGCAGGAGCUCUCCAAAGCUACUCGAUGCUAGCUGUGGCAGAUCGCAACCUUUCCCGCGGCGGCGACGGCAGCUCUAGAAUGACUAAUAAUAACAACUACAAUAAAAACUCGGACUCUUCUGUCUCCAUAUCCAGGAUGGAUGUGAUCAUCCCGUUCUCCGCAGACGUGCCGUGCGAUAACAAUGGCCAGCGCAUGUGGUGGGCUUUCCUCGCCUCGUCCAUGGUGACGUUCUUCGGGGGUCUCUUUAUCAUCCUCCUGUGGAGGACCCUCAAGUACCUGUGGACUGUCUGCUGCCAUUGUAGCAUCAAAAACAAGGAGGCCCAGAAAGUGAAUAAUGGGCAGGCAGAUGGGCCACUGAAGAGCCAGGAUGAGAAAGAUGAUGCUCCAGCUAGUGAGGUGGGCUGGAUGACCUCGGUGAAAGACUGGGCCGGGGUCAUGAUCUCAGCACAGACUCUCACAGGCAGAGUACUGGUGGUGUUAGUCUUUGCUCUCAGUAUUGGAGCCCUUGGAAUAUACUUCAUAGACUCGUCUGACCCUAUAGAAUCUUGUCAGAACUUCUAUAAAGACUUCACGUUACAGAUCGACAUGGCCUUCAACGUGUUCUUCUUACUCUACUUCGGUCUACGUUUUAUUGCAGCAAACGACAAGCUGUGGUUCUGGCUGGAGGUGAACUCUGUGGUGGAUUUCUUCACUGUGCCACCAGUGUUCGUGUCGGUGUAUCUUAACAGGAGCUGGCUGGGUCUGAGAUUUCUAAGAGCCUUGAGACUGAUACAGUUCUCAGAAAUUUUACAGUUUUUGAAUAUCUUAAAGACAAGUAAUUCCAUCAAGCUGGUGAACCUGUGUUCCAUCUUCAUAAGCACAUGGCUCACAGCUGCAGGAUUCAUUCAUCUGGUGGAAAACUCAGGGGAUCCUUGGGAAAACUUCCAAAAUUCUCAACCACUUUCAUAUUGGGAAUGUGUGUACUUACUCAUGGUCACUAUGUCCACGGUGGGAUACGGGGACGUCUGUGCGAAAACCACCCUUGGCCGACUUUUCAUGGUCUUCUUCAUUCUUGGCGGUUUGGCCAUGUUUGCCAGCUACGUCCCUGAAAUCAUAGAGUUAAUAGGAAACCGCAAGAAAUAUGGUGGUUCCUAUAGUGCGGUUAAUGGCAGAAAGCACAUUGUGGUCUGUGGUCAUAUCACACUUGAAAGUGUAUCCAACUUCCUUAAAGACUUCCUACACAAGGACAGGGAUGAUGUCAAUGUAGAAAUUGUUUUUCUUCAUAAUAUUUCCCCUAAUCUUGAGCUGGAAGCCUUGUUUAAACGUCACUUCACUCAGGUGGAAUUCUACCAAGGAUCUGUUCUUAACCCACACGAUCUAGCUAGAGUCAAGAUCGAGUCAGCGGACGCAUGCUUAAUUCUCGCCAACAAAUACUGUGCAGACCCAGAUGCUGAAGAUGCAUCAAAUAUCAUGAGAGUAAUAUCCAUCAAGAAUUACCAUCCAAAGAUAAGAAUAAUCACUCAGAUGUUGCAGUACCACAACAAGGCCCAUCUGCUAAACAUUCCCAGCUGGAACUGGAAGGAGGGCGAUGAUGCGAUCUGCCUGGCUGAGCUGAAGGCUGGCUUUAUAGCCCAGAGCUGCCUGGCACAGGGCCUGUCCACCAUGCUUGCCAACCUCUUCUCCAUGAGGUCAUACAUCAAGAUUGAAGAGGACACAUGGCAGAAAUAUUAUCUGGAGGGAGUGGCUAACGAGAUGUACACUGAGUACUUGUCCAGUGCCUUUGUGGGCCUUUCUUUUCCUACAGUUUGUGAGCUAUGCUAUGUGAAGCUGAAAUUGUUGUUGAUUGCUAUUGAAUACAAGUCAGAGCAGAGGGAAAGCAGUAUUCUGAUCAACCCUGGGAACCAUGUAAAGAUGCAGGAGGGAACCUUGGGAUUCUUUAUUGCCAGUGAUGCCAAAGAGGUCAAAAGAGCAUAUUUUUACUGCAAAGCUUGUCAUGAUGACAUCACAGAUCCCAAAAGGAUCAAAAAGUGUGGCUGCAAGAGACCCAAAUAUAAGUAUAACGGAUAUGUUACGUCACCAGCAGAUGGCGCUACAACUCCAGGGAAAACAGGAGGUCAGAGAGAGGCUGGGGUUCGGUUCAAAGCAGAAUGGAUUUUAGUAAAGGAGGAAGUUAGACCCACUUUUCAAAAUCGCACAAUUAAAUUAGCAACAAAUAUGACUGUCACACAAACGUUGGCGGUGGAGCGUUCUGCUGAAGCCCUUGCAAUUAACUGUAAAGGAAGUCUGCUUCCUCCAGUCCCACCUCCACGCCGAGGUCUCAGCCUAGCUGGCCUGCAUCGGGCCCACAGCCUGCCUGGGAAAUACCGCUACCACCCCAACACCUCCAUGCUCUCCUCCUCCCUGCGCUCGUCGAUGCUCUCCUGCACACGCUCCUCUUCUAUACGCUCUUCCAGUCGCCCACCAACACCCUUUGAAGACGAGCAUCCAUCAACGCUGUCACCCAAAAAGAAGCAGCGCAACGGAGGCAUGCGAAAUUCACCCAACUGCUCACCCAAAGUGAUGAGACAUGACCCUUUACUUAUCCCAGGAAACGAGCAGAUUGAGAAUAUGGACGUUAAUGUGAAGAGAUACGACUCCACUGGAAUGUUUCACUGGUGUCCUUCCAAAGACAUUGAGAAAGUCAUUCUGACAAGGAGUGAGGCCUCCAUGACGGUUCUGAGUGGACAUGUCGUGGUCUGUAUAUUUGGAGAUGUCACUUCUGCUUUAGUGGGGCUGCGGAACUUGGUUAUGCCUUUAAGAGCAAGUAACUUCCAUUACCAUGAGCUGAAGCACAUAGUGUUUGUAGGCUCACUGGAUUAUCUGAGGAGGGAAUGGGAAACCCUUCAUAACUUCCCCAAGGUCUCCAUCUUACCUGGCACACCAUUAAGUCGAGCUGAUUUAAGGGCUGUAAACAUCAACCUCUGCGACAUGUGCGUUAUCCUGUCAGCCAAUCAGAACAAUAUCGACGAUGCUUCACUGCAGGAUAAGGAAUGCAUCUUGGCAUCACUCAACAUCAAAUCUAUGCAGUUUGAUGACAGCAUUGGGGUCCUGCAGGCUAAUUCCCAAGGUUUUACACCUCCUGGAAUGGACAGAUCGUCUCCAGACAACAGUCCAGUGCAUGGGUUGGUUCGCCAGGCGUCCGUCACCACUGGCUCCAACAUCCCAAUCAUAACUGAACUAGUGAACGAUUCAAACGUUCAGUUCCUGGACCAAGAUGACGAUGAUGAUCCGGAUACAGAGCUGUAUCUGACCCAACCCUUUGCCUGUGGGACAGCUUUUGCUGUCAGUGUGCUCGACUCUCUUAUGAGCGCUACGUACUUCAACGAUAAUAUCCUGACGCUGAUCCGGACGCUGGUGACAGGAGGGGCUACGCCGGAGCUGGAGGCGCUGUUGGCCGAGGAGAAUGCUCUGCGCGGAGGAUAUAGCACGCCGCAGACGCUAGCUAACAGGGACAGGUGUCGCGUGGCACAGCUCGCCCUCUACGAUGGCCCUUUUGCAGACUUGGGGGAUGGUGGCUGUUACGGGGACUUGUUUUGUAAAGCAUUAAAAACCUACAACAUGCUGUGCUUUGGAAUCUAUAGAUUAAGAGAUGCACACCUGAGUACACCGAGUCAGUGCACAAAAAGGUAUGUCAUCACCAACCCGCCCUAUGAGUUCGAGCUUGUCCCCACAGACCUGAUCUUCUGCCUGAUGCAGUUUGACCACAACGCAGGUCAGUCGCGAACCAGCCUGUCCCAUUCCUCCCAUUCCUCACACUCAUCCAGCAAGAAGAGCUCCUCUGUUCACUCCAUCCCUACCACCAACCGGCCCAACCGCAGCAGCAAGACCCGCGAAAGCCGCGAAAAACACAAUGCAACAAGGAUGAAUAGAAUGAGCCAAGAAAAGAAAUGGUUUACAGAUGAACCAGAAAAUGCCUACCCAAGGAACAUUCAAAUCAAGCCCAUGAGCACUCACAUGGCCAAUCAAGUCAAUCAGUACAAAUCCACUAGCAGCCUGAUUCCACCGAUCAGAGAAGUUGAAGAUGAAUGCUGAAUCCCGGGCUUUUGACGAGUUGGAACAUCCGGAUGUAAAAGAUGAGCGGUGAUGAGAAAACGGUGAUGAUAAUAGCGAUUCACUGUCAUUUUACACCUCGAGGGUUUUUUUUUUGGGUUUUUUUUGUGAUCAUGGAAACUAGAAGGGACCUCCUAUGUGUAUACCUUUAAUGUUACUUCCAUGCUUUUGGAAACAUUUAAUUUAUAAAUGUAUACAUAGUGAUGUACAUGACAAUCAAAUAAGGAUUGUACAGCCCUCUAGCACUUUUUUUGAAAUUAUGUUAAAACAGUAAAGAAGUACUUCCUGUAAUUCAUUGCAAUAUUUUGUGUCUGUAGUGACCUGACUCUGUGCAGAAGGCUUUGUGUUAUGGAGGAUGAGGGUCACAGUCUUUCAGCUCGUUAACAUUACCCAAAGAACCUCAUCUAAAGUGUCGCUUAAGCCCCACUACACACACACACACACACACACACCCUCAUCUGCUUCUUUUUGCACUAAAUGUAAUAGUGAAAAACAACUUGAGACCGGAUUCUGAAAGGAGUGUGAACGUUUCUGAAUUCACAGCACAGUGAGUAAACUUGCUGGCUGACUGUGGAGUGGCUCUGUUAGGAGAAGCGACUGUUAAGGGUGAAGAGUGAUGCUUAAGGGCCCUCAGUCCUGCUUUGUGUGGAGAAGUUUUCAUUUUAGUAAACGAUGCACACAACGUGGACGUGCAGAGCGGGAAACUGAUUUCUUUCCAUCCACAUAAACAGUGUAGGCCAUCACGUACGGGAAUGUACUUAUCAUGUUCAUGUAAUAAUGCAAGAGGUCAUCUCCAGCGUAGCCCUACUAAAUUGGCAAUACAUUAUCAGGAUAUGCACUACUUUUGUUGAUGUCUUUCCAUCAUGCUUGACUGCUGGUGUGUUGCUGCGGUUGUUAAAGUGUAUGAUCAAGGCUCAUAAUGCAUCGUUUGGAAGAGGCACAGGAAUCAGAUACUUGUGCGAAUAUGUUUUGGGUUUACACACUGCACUCACGAUGUGAUAAUGCCACUGUGAUUGAGUUUUCAAAGCAUAUUUAAACAUUCUCUCUGAUUAGAAGAAUAUGUAGUGUUAAAUGCCACGUAUUGCGAAAAGUGGGCAUCCAUUGUUCCUCCUUCUGAUUGGUGGCACUACCUGACACAUCGUUGGCACAGAGGCACAGACGUGCUUGGAUGUUCUCUGUGACCAACCAUGAUGCCUUCGAAAUCCACAACUCAAUGAAACUCAAUCGUCGUUGUCAUUAUCACGUAAAGAGGAUGUUGGACAGUGUGUUGUGUUGUUCUGCUCUUAGACAGGAACUGCACUACACUUCACACUGGAACAGGGUGGUGUGCUGAGCCUUCAUGUGGGAAGUGUAAUAAUACAUAUGUUACGCAGAACUUUGCUUGAAGUGUUCUGUCAGAUUUAUACAUACUGUACGUACAUAGUUAUUUUUUAUCCACAUAAGCAUAAUCAUUUUGUACUUAUUUUUAUACAUAUCAAAGAACUUUAUUUCUAAAAUGAUCUUAAAUAGAUAUUAACAAGGCUUCAGUACACACCAGUUAAGUUUGUUGUCCAUUUUUACCCUUGGCAACAGAACAUAUCAUGCUUUUAAAAGGACAAGUGUACUGUCCGUCUCGUGCUACAGGAGACAGUCGCAAAGUUCCAGCUUUCAGCUCUCCGUCUUCUUUUCUGGGAGAGUACGUUAAUACUCGAUACUUGAGCUGCUUCGAAGGACCUAGUUAUAUCAAUGACAAUAUUCUAUUAUUCAUUUUUAUUGGCUGAGAUAAACUAUUGAUACCGUAAUUAGAUGUAGUUAUAAUUCCAGGCUGAAAGUGAACAUUGAUGGUGAAAACGUGCAUGAGAAUGGGUCAUUGCCAAUGGCUUGCAUCUACUCUCUCUUUCUCAGGGUAGAAUUGAUCGUUAACAUUGAUAUUGACCUAAAUUAGGUCUCAGGAAACAGAGUAACAUGCUGAAAUAUUUUCAUGUGCAUAAACUGUAAUACACUUAAAACUGUGUUUAAAAAUGGCACAGUCGGUCAGUGAGCUAAUCACCAUCUAAUGCUAGAUAGAAGAAGAAAAACAAAAACACUCAUAGCAAUUUUACUACUGAGGAAAAAAUAAAAUAUAUGAUAACGCUUAGUGUUGAAUUAUGUUGUGUAAAUUCUGCCCAUUUAUAGGCCACAUUUUAUUUUUUUGAUGAACAAGGAUCUCAGCUUUAAUGUUUGUCCACUGGAUGUAGUUUGAUCCUAAUGCAGCCCACUAGGCUCUGUCCUCAAGUGAUUAUGAAUUGUGAAUACAUGGAUGUUACACUUUGUAGCAAGUAGAUUCUUUAAAUAAAUAAAAAAAACUAUGUGAGUAAACUGUAUGUAAAAAUUGGAUUGUUAAAUAACAUACUUGCUAGUCUGGGUGGGGGAGGGGGGGGGAUUCAGACCUAAAAUGAAUCAUAAAUCAUAAAAUACUGGAGUCAUUUUAAAGGCUUUGUCCAAGAUUCUUUUCCUGUAAUGAAACUCAUGCGGUGCGACGGAAAGAAAAGCUAAAGUGCGGUGCAGAACUCGGGUUUGAUGAAUGUUUUGGGUGAAGCUAAUUUCAGAGUCGUUCUACUGUAAUUUCAGUUUGUUAUUUCUUUAAUAUCAGCGUUUACAUUCCAUGUUGCCAGUUUUUAAGCAAUUAUAUGUUCUAGUAAUAAAGUCAUUGUUUAAAACGCUCACUAUCACCUAUUUGUUUACAGAUAUACCAUAGCAAUUAGUAUAUAUCAGGAAUGUUUUUUUUCUCUGUCAGUAGAUUUAGGAUGUUUUUUUCUUUUCUUUAGACAGCUAAAGUCUGUCCACAAAGUGAUAAAAAAAAAAGGCUUGUCCUUCAGCUUGACUUUAUUCUCCAGUGUGCAACGAGAGCCACAGCAGUUCAGUGCAGUGUGUGCAUGUGUGAGUGUGUGUGUGUGUGUGUGUGAGAGUGUGUGUGUGUGUGUGUGUGUGUACCUGCUGCGAGGUGAAACCACUGUUCUUUACAUAUCAGUCUGUCUAAAGUGCCAUGAAGUUGUCUCUAAACCAGCAUCAUUCAGUCAGAUGUUCAAAUCAUUAAGAGGAUUUUUGUGGCAUCUAUUCCUGGCAUGGAGAACAUCCAAGCCAUGCAAGCCUCCAUGCCAGGACAGUGCAGGCAGUGCUGCGGUUAGACCGAAGGAGGAACACCUGAAGACCCACUAAAGCGAAAAGUGGCAUCUAAGAGAGCUUCAAGUUUCAGUUUAUUACGCCAGACAUCGAACUAAGUGAAUAAUACAGCAGUAGAACACACUGACCGAAUGAUGCUGGGCACUACAUGAGGUUUAAUGUGUCUGUAUGGUCAUCUGUCCACUUGUUGAAGAGUGUUAUUUCAGACAAUUAUUCUACUGUAAAAAAUCGUCUGUCAAUACAACGUUACAAACUGUAUUGAAUAAUGUGCUUUAAGGGAAUUAAGUCUUAACUGAAAGUUAAAAUCCUAAGCUGAAACUGCUUUGGGAAUAUUUAUUUAUUUUCUUUUUUCUUUUUUGUUGGUUCAUUUUAAUAAAAAGUCAGAACAUUCAGUUUCCAUUUAAUUAUUUGGCUGUUCAUUACAGGAAAAAGGAGUUUGAACUGUUUUGGGCUAAGGGAGAAAUGAAGAAAUUGAUGGUGCUGAGUUGAUCUACCUGACUCUGUCAAAUAUAACCUGCUGAUAAACAUACUGUCUUGUACAAAAAGUUUGUACAUAAAUUGUACAUGUUUCUUUUUGUAUUUUCUCAAAUUAAAAUGGAUGUAUUUGUGUUCUAA